AUGGCGCUGGACCAACGUUUCUUCAACCACAUCGGCCUCGGCAAUGGCCCUGGCUCGCAUUCCUCCGUCUCGUCCGGUUCCUCUGCCAUUACGGGCAUCACCAACCCAUCCUCCGUGUCCUCUACUGCGUCGGCCGCCGGUUUGAGAUCGAACGCAUCGAGCCCGUCGUUGCGGGCGAGAGAAGGUGUUGUCGUUUCAGUUGCGCGCCAGAAUGGAGUGGCCAGUCCGACUCCAGGUGGGAACGUGCGUGUCGUGGUGCGAGUUCGGAAAUUUCUUCCGCGUGAAAUUCAACGCAAUGCCGAAUGUCUCAUCGCAAUGGACCCGCAUACUCAGAUGACCAAGCUUAGGGCGCCGAAACCUAGUCCAGAUGACGAAGGAAAGCCUAAGUCUCAGGCGCGCGGUAAGAUUCUGGAAGACAAAGCGUUUGUCUUUGACAACUCCUUCUGGUCGCACGAUGAGGCGGAUGAACACUAUGCUACGCAAGAAGAUGUUUACAACUGCCUUGGUGAAGACUUUCUGGACCACAACUUUGAGGGCUACCAUACCUGUAUCUUUGCCUACGGCCAGACCGGCUCAGGAAAAAGUUACACCAUGAUGGGAACCCCCGAACAGCCUGGCCUGAUUCCGAGGACCUGCGAGGAUCUGUUCGAACGAAUUGAAAACUCCACCAACCCUGAUAUUAGUUACAACGUCCGCGUCUCCUAUUUUGAGGUCUACAACGAACACGUGAGAGACCUGCUCGUACCACGAACGGAAACGCCAUACUACCUUCGGAUUCGCGAGUCGCCAUCUGAUGGCCCGUACGUCAAAGAUCUUACAGAGGUCACCGUGAGGAACUUUACCGAGCUCAUGAAGUUCAUGCGCAAGGGUGACAUGUCUCGGACUGUCGCUAGUACCAAGAUGAAUGACACCUCCUCGCGUUCCCACGCCGUCUUCACCAUUACACUCAAGCAGAUUCACCACGACUUUUCGACGGAUGAGACCACCGAGCGCACGGCUCGGAUUCGACUUGUAGAUCUGGCGGGCUCGGAACGCGCCAAGUCGACAGAAGCUACGGGCCAGAGGCUCCGUGAAGGUUCGAACAUCAAUAAGUCAUUGACUACCCUGGGUCGCGUUAUCGCAGCGCUGGCCGACCCGAAGCAAGGCCGUCAGGGAACCCGCAAGGCUAAGGAUGUGGUCCCUUACCGCGAUUCCAUCUUGACCUGGCUGCUAAAAGACAGCUUGGGUGGCAACUCCAAAACCGCCAUGAUUGCUUGCAUCUCCCCCAGUGAUUACGAAGAAACUCUCUCCACCCUGCGCUAUGCGGACCAAGCCAAGCGGAUUCGUACUCGCGCCCGAGUUAACCAGGACCAUGUGUCAGCCGCGGAGCGGGAUAAGCAGAUUGCAGAGAUGGCAGAGACCAUCCGCACUCUCCAGCUCAGUGUGAGCCUGGCGGCUGUCAACAAACGUGAGAGUGAGAUCCAAAAUGAGCGGCUGGAGGAAUAUCAACAAAAGGUUGAAAAGCUCCAACGCCUCAUGGAAGAGACGAAGAUGGUGAGCGAGUGCAAGAUCCGUCAACUGCAGACGGAGAACGAGGCUCUACGCAUGCACUUGAAGCUGGCUCUCGACAGUUUGAGGAAUCCAAUUCCUAUCGUCACGAUCGAGAAACGGAAGAACAGCCUGAUAUCCGAAGAUGAUGCAGGCGAGAGCCAGCUGAUUGACGACAAAGAGAAUGCGACGCCGCCGCCUCAUUCCGAACCGGAGCCGGACCUGGACUGGGAUGAAGAUGACACGAUCCUGGCCGAUGCGGGCCAGACCGAAGCGCAGGAGAUGCAAGCCAAGAUGGAGGAUCUCUUGGUUGAUAUCAACCUGUUCAAGCGCAAGAUCGCUACGGACCACGAGAGAUUCCAAUCCAUUCGCAAGCGCGAAACCGGCCGCAAGCGCCGUGUUCUGGGCAGUAUUGCGCCCAAUAAUGUCUGA